UUUUGCCUCAGCCUUGUCAGCGCGAACGGGACACAGCUACUCAUGAUGUGUUGAUGUAUAUAAACCUCUGUCACUUACAGUUGCUAUCAUAAUUGUUCUAGCGUGAUCUCACUGGUACUCCGAGUCAGUACUUGUCACAAGUACAGGUCUACUUGUUUGCGCGUGCUGCAGCAUAUUCUCCCGUUCUUCUUGGCUGUACAUCAAUCGAAGUAUCUUCAUGUGUUCAAGUUCGACACUGACAUUCACAUUAAAUUGUUCACGUCACGGCUCCCACAUUCUUCGAUCGACAAUGUUAAUGUUCGUGCCCGUUUACGUGCAUCUGCACUAACGUUUGUAUGUGUAUCUACAUGUUCUCAUCGUGUGCACUUGUCCAUGCAUUCCUCCUUCCUUGUAUUUGUCUGUACUUAUCUGUUCAGUGUAUUUCUACUUCCUCGCACUUGUCUGCGCUUGUCUCCAGCGCUCCCUGCUCAUUUCCACCUGCUGCUACUCAUUCGUGAUUGUCUGCGCUCGUUUGCAUUUGAUGUUACGACUUCAGAUCACGCUAAUAUCUCAAUUGUAGGCCGAGGUUGGGGAGUUGUUGCCGGACAUAUAUGAUGUGUUUACAUUGUCGAUCAUUUUUUCAGUAUUGGUGUUUUAGGCAGAUGCCACACAAGUAUCUUUCAAUGAUGUGCGAGAUGACAUUCAUGUCCGUCAUCAGUAUUCUUUCAUCCGUUGUGACUUGGUCAUUAACACUCUGCACCCCGU